AUGUAUAAUGAUUCUACAAGGGAAAUAUGGAUCGAGCUUCGUGAUAGGUACAACCAAGGUAAUAGCACACGUGUAUAUGAAUUGAAGAAGCUGAUCGCUUCUAUCUCACAGGAGAAUGGUUCAAUUAGCUCCUACUUUAAUAGGUUCAAAGGACUUUGGGAAGAGUUGGAUAAUUAUAGGCCUGAUAUUAACAGCACUUGCUACAAACAAGAGGAUCAUGUCAUGCAAUUUUUAAUGGGGUUAGAUGAUCCAUUUUCUGCUGUUAGAAGUCAAAUGUUGUUAAUGGAUCCAUUGCCUUCGUUAAACAAGGUAUUUGCACUCAUUUUGCAAGAUGAAAGGCAUAAAGAUGCUACUGCUAAAAGGCCGCAACACUUUGAUGAAUGGACCAAAUGGAAAUCAGAGAUAUAA